AUGGUCGACAGGCUCUUUACUCCCAUUUCUCCUCCCAACUCGCCUGGUAUGUCUGUGUACCACGCAGUACCAUCCAACUCCGAGUGGCAAGCUCGAGAUCUCAAGGCUAUAGAGACAGAAUUGGUAACCCCUGAAGGCUCGAUGGCCGGUUUGCCUUCUGAGCCACUGGGACCGCAUGUUGAUGUGGACAAGCAUUCCCUUUUACGAACGCACGAGGCUUUUCCAUACAGUGUCCAGAGGCCCUCAUCGCAUCCUACUCCACUGGACAGUGACAAUUCAUCACCCACCCCUAAGCAGGACCGGACAACGAUGAGCGAUCUCGGUGAAGAACGACAAACGCCUAUCAACUAUGGUGGAUCAGCUCCUCCGAGUCCAGUCUCACGUCUGACACCACCAUCACCUUCAGCGGCCAAGUCGGACUCCCAGGACGAGAGUGGGGACGAGGAUUGUGAGGACGACAUGCUUGACGAUGAAGAGCCUAAACGACCGCUCACUGCGCAGGAGCUUCGAGCCCAGAAAAGGAAGAUGAAGCGAUUCAGGCUUACGCAUAAUCAAACACGAUUUCUCAUGAGUGAGUUUGCGCGCCAGGCACAUCCUGAUGCAGCACAUCGGGAACGAUUGGCAAGAGAGAUACCCGGGUUGAGCCCCCGCCAGGUUCAGGUGUGGUUUCAGAACAGGCGUGCGAAACUGAAGCGCCUUACUAGCGACGACCGCGAGCGUAUGAUGCGAUCGAGAGCGCUUCCAGAAGACUUUGACAUGUCUCAUGCGCUGCAUUCUCCAUUUGGCGGACCGCCUGGCAUGGGCACGCCGCUAGCUUCCCCAGGAGGCUUCUCGCCUGCGUUUGGCGACGGGAACAUGGUGAGACCGCUGUCCAUCGACACGUUUAGACGGGUAUCGAAUGGCACACACAUGUCUCCGACAGGCAUCAGUCCUGCGUUUGGUGGCUUCAACUUUACUCCGCCACAAUCUGCAACCGACAGCAUAUCCCCCAUCUCUGGUCCUGGCGAUACCCCUUUCACGUUUCCGUCCGCCCCAUUGGAAAGUCCACGGAGGACAAAGCCGUUUGUCGGGCCCGUCACCACGGGCUCAUGCUACACAUCCCACCCACAGAUCCCUCGACUACAGGUUCACGACCGGAUCCAACGGAGCAGAGCCGAGUCGCUCACGUCGCCGUUGAGGACAAGCAUGAGCUACAGUGACGGUCUGAACGGAAGCCACGACAAUACAUCGCCGUAUGGGCAUGACGGCUCACGCACACUUUCCAACACAAUCCUCCCGUACGGCAUGGGAUACUGUUACUCGCCAGUUCCGGGCUUCCAGGCCUCCGCAGCAACGAGGAUGCGCUCCUUUUCAGGCACGGUGCCGCGACGCAUCGAGCUCAGCUCACAUUACACCAGCAGCCGAAGUAACACGACUCCCCAAACAGCCACAUAUCCAAACUUCCAAGGCUCGCCGCUCCUCACCUCGCAGAGCUACGAGAUGCCCCAUCUCAGCGCGCCGCACCACAUCUCGACCUUCCAGAACAGCUUCAUGCGCCAGGAUGCCGGCGACGCGUUUCCUCCUGUUGGCGCGGUGCUCGGCGAGAUUGCAGACGGCCAUUCGCAGGACGGCGAGCACCACGACUCGAACUCGAACAACUCGCGAUACUAG